CAUGAUACUUUUGGCAAAAGUUCCUCCUCCCGGUACCGAAGGGAAGGUUUUCCCGACAUGUCUCCCGGUUUCUGGUCCGGACCCGAGAAGAAGAAGAAGAAGAAGAAGAAGAACGUCGGCGGUAGUUCGCGGUGACGUCACGGCUGGCGUUAGUGGUGACGUCACGCCUAGCUUCAGCCGCAGCGAUGGCGUUCUUCGCCAAGAAGAAGAAGUUCAAGUUCCAGACGCAGCUGACGCUGGAGGAGCUCAGCGCGGUUCCGUUCGUCAACGGGGUUCUGUUCUGUAAGAUCCGCCUGCUGGACGGAGACUUCGCGGCGACGUCUUCCAGACACGAGGUCCACGAGAACUGUGUCCGCUGGAGGAAGAGGUUCUCAUUUGUGUCCAAAAUGAGCGCCAACCCCCACACGGGGGUCCUGGACCCGUCCGUCUGCAGGGUGUCGGUCAGGAAGGAACUCAAAGGAGGAAAAGCAUACACGAAGCUGGGCUUCGCAGACCUCAACAUGGCGGAGUUCGCGGGCUCCGGCUCCACGGUGCGCUGCUGCCUGCUGGAGGGAUACGACACCAAGAACACGCGGCAGGACAACUCCAUCCUGAAGGUUACCAUCGGGAUGACCCUGCUGUCUGGAGAUCCCUGCUUUAAAACGCCCCCCAGCACCGCCAAGUCCAUCUCCAUCCCGGGCCGAGAGCCCACGCUGCAGCUGGACUGCAAGGGGGAGGGAACGGCCGAGCCCGGGCGGGCCGGGGGGGUUUCUCUGGGCCGAGCCGCCAAGCCACGCCCCUCCAUCCUCGGCUCAGGUCUCCUGGAGGAGUCCGAGUCGAGUCCGCUCGGUGCUGCAGAACUCUUCCAGUCGGGCCACUCUCGCACCUCCAGCUACGCCAGCCAGCACAGCAGGAUCUCAGGCUACAGCACCGAGCACUCCUGCUCCUCCAGCCUGUCGGACCUCACGCACCGCAGGAACGCCUCCACGGGGAGCAGCGCCUCGGGGGGGCUGUGUUUCGCUUCGGACCCGACCGGAGACGGGGAGAAGGACGCCGGGCGUCCCGAGAGACCCCCGAGACCCCCGAGGCCCGUGCUGCCCUGCAACAGGCCCCCCAGGAGGAAGCAGGACUCGGUGGAGAGCCCCCCCUCCUGGGUGAACGACACCCGCAUGGACGCCGACGACAUCGUGGAGAAGAUCGUCCAGAGCCAGAACUUUGAAGACAUCAACAACACUGAAGACAGCAACCUGCGACUGUUCGUCAGCCGCGACGGAACCACCGCGCUCAGCGGCAUCCGCGUCUCCGCGGGCGGCUAUGAGCCCGUCGUCAUCGAGAUCCACUGAGCCGCCGGUCGGGGAGUCGCCGGUUCCUCUCGGAGCUUCAGCCGGUCCGAGGCCGUGAGGGGAGGAGCUUCACGGCUCUCUGACUCCGCCUCCAUCACGUCGUUGUGGGGAUUGUGUUCGACGUGUUGAAGGGAUCAUUGUGUAUGUGUUUCACUUCAGAUGAAUGAAGAAGGAUGUCAUGUGAUUGGGUCCCAGCUACUGCUGAUUCCCAUCAUUGGUUUGAUCUAAAUUUGGUUAAUUGGUUAAUUGUUGAGACUAUAAAAAGGUCUCAGAGAUCUUUGUUCUGUGGUAAACACUGAUGGAGAAGAACGUCACACAACCACAACACACAGACCCCAGAAUCCUCUUAUUUACAUUCUGUCCUCAAAGCCCCCACAUGGACUCCACAGAGAGUCCAUGGAGGAAGGAUGUGACGUUCUAUCGGGACUCGUUUCAUACGUUUAGGUGGAAUAAGUGAAGGGCUGAAAAUAUUCUAAAUAUAGAAACUAUAUAAAAAUUC